AUGUCCACUACAGCUACAUCCAAGACCCCCGGUUGGGUCAAGUCCCAGGGUACAGUCAAGAACUGGAACUGGCGAGGUGACACCCAGGUCCCCAACACAGGCAUGUCCGUUGGACCUUCGGCCGUUGUCUUUCGUGACAGCAUCUAUUGCUUCCACCAGGGCCAUGGCAACAACGGCCAACUUUGGUACAAUGUCUACAAUGGUUCUCGUUGGCUCGGAGAUCUCCAGGUCCCCAACACCGGCACCUCGGCUGGACCAUCCGCCCUGGUCUACAAAGGCAUGAUCUAUGUCUUCCAUCAGGGCAGUAGCAACAACGGCGAACUGUGGUACAACGUCUUUGACGGCUCCCGAUGGCUGGGAGACACCAAGGUGCCCAACGUUGGUAUUACAUCCGGUCCAUCUGCUACGAUCUACAUGGACAAGAUCUACGUCUUCCACCAGGGAAGUCGUGGCAAUAACGAGUUGUGGUACAACGUCUUCAACGGUUCCAGGUGGUUGGGCGAUCUUCAAGUUCCCAACGUCGGCAUCUCCGCGUCACCCACUGCAACGUACGUCCCGCACAUGAACACGAUUCAGGUACUUCACCAAGGCAUCAAAGACAAUGGUGAACUUUGGACCAACACUUUUGAUGGUAGCCGCUGGCUUGGUGAUGAGAGGGUUCCACGGGUGGGCAUCUCGGCUGCACCAUCCGGGAUCGCAUUUGACGACAGGGUGUUCUGCUUCCAUCAGGGAACUGGCUUCAAUGGUGAACUGUGGUACAAUGGAUUCAAUGGCGAGUCCUGGGAGGGAGACAAGCUGGUGCCGAAAACGGGUAUGUCGUCGGACCCCUCUGCUGUGGUUUACCAUCACAAGAUCUACGUUUUUCAUCAGGGCUACGGAGACAAUGGCGAGCUUUGGUUCAAUGUUCUUGAGUAA